AUGCGUUGUUCCCCCUCCGCUCUCUCUCUUUUUCGGUCUGAACUACCAGGCCUACGGAUUACUGAAGCUCGCUAUGUAGGCUAUGCGCUGUUCCCCCCUCCUCUCUCCCUUUGCCUACGGAUUACUGAAGCUCGCUAUGUAGGUUAUGCACUUUUCCCACCUUUCUCUCUCUCUCUUUGUCGGUCUGAACUACCAGGCCUACGGAUUACUGAAGCUCGCUAUGUAGGUUAUGCGCUGUUCCCCACCCUCUCUCUCUCUCUUUGUCGGUCUGAACUACCAGGCCUACGGAUUACUAAAGCUCGCUAUGUAGGCCUACGAAUUACUGAAGCUCGCUAUGUAGGUUAUGCGCUGUUCCCCCCCUCUCUCUCUCUUUUUCGGUCUGAACUACCAGGCCUACGGAUUACUGAAGCUCGCUAUGUAGGUUAUGCGCUGUUCCCACCCUCUCUCUCUCUCUCUUUCGGUUAUGCGCUGUUCCCCACCCUCUCUCUCUCUCUUUGUCGGUCUGAACUACCAGGCCUACGGAUUACUAAAGCUCGCUAUGUAGGUUAUGCGCUGUUUUCCCCCCCCCUCUCUCUCUUUUUCGGUCUGAACUACCAGGCCUACGGAUUACUGAAGCUCGCUAUGUAG